UGCGGAGGGAAACGCUUCGCUCUCCGCGCUCCGGGACCGGCGCCUGCCGCGGUGCGGAUGCGUAUGGAGGAAUCCUCGUGAAAACAGCGCCCGACGUUUCCCUCCCCGCCAAAAAAACCCCAAACCCAAACAUACCACCCACUUGGAUAAUUAAAACGGGUUUUGGCAGUAAUCAGUGUUGCUAAGGCUGAUUAAAUUCCUACUACCAGUCCUAUUCCCAGAGGCAGCUUUUCCAAGGUGAUUCCUGACACAGGAGAUGGUAACUGCUACGGAUAAAGAUCAUCUUUAAAAGGGAACAUGGAUUUAAUAAACUCAACUGAACAAAACAGUACAUCAGAAGAACCUUUCAAAUGGGCAACAUCCAAGAUUCUCAUUUCCAUUACCCUGUCUGUGCUGGCUCUAAUGACAACAGCCAUUAAUUCUCUCGUGAUGACUGCAAUAAUUGUGACAAGAAAGCUCCACCACCCCGCCAACUAUCUAAUCUGCUCUCUUGCAGUGACUGACUUCCUUGUGGCAGUGCUGGUGAUGCCCUUCAGCAUUGUCUACAUCGUAAAGGAGACCUGGAUCAUGGGCCAGGUGGUGUGUGACAUUUGGCUGAGCGUGGACAUCACGUGCUGCACUUGUUCCAUCCUGCACCUCUCCGCCAUUGCUUUGGACCGGUACCGAGCGAUCACGGAUGCCGUGGAAUAUGCCCGGAAAAGGACACCUAAGCACGCUGGCAUCAUGAUAGCAGUUGUAUGGAUCAUAUCCAUUCUUAUCUCCAUGCCACCUUUGUUUUGGAGGCACCAGACAACCAGCAGGGAGGACGAAUGCAUCAUCAAACACGACCACAUCGUUUCCACCAUUUACUCCACGUUUGGCGCCUUUUACAUCCCGCUGGCCUUGAUCCUGAUCCUUUACUACAAGAUCUACAAAGCAGCAAAGACAUUUCACAGGAGAAGCGUCAGCCGGAUCGUGAGGGAGGAGGGUGUGAAUGGACAAGUCCUUUUGGACGCAGGUGAAAGAAGCACCAAAUCAGCUUCAAUGCCCAGCACAACAGAGAAGACCUCAGAUCCCCUGGUGAGCUCUGAGAAAAUCAACAUCACCUUACGGAGUCCCAGGUCUGAAUCCAAGCACGAGAAGUCCUGGAAAAAACAGAGAAUCUCCAGCACAAGAGAGAGAAAGGCAGCAACAACAUUGGGUUUGAUCUUGGGGGCUUUUGUGAUCUGCUGGCUCCCAUUUUUUGUAAAAGAAGUAGUUGUUAAUACCUGUGAAACAUGUCACAUCUCAGAGGACAUGUCUAAUUUCCUAACAUGGCUGGGAUAUAUAAACUCCCUUAUUAACCCUUUAAUCUACACAAUCUUUAAUGAAGAUUUCAAGAAAGCCUUCCAGAAGCUUGUACGGUGCGGGCAAUACCUUUAAGAGCUUUUGUUCAUAUAAGGAGAACACAUUCAUUGUUUUUUAACCUGUAUAAAUUUAUAUAACUGAGAUGGCAUUUGUUGUAUUUAAGGCAA